GUUUGAUCAACUGUGGACUAGAAAUUUUGGAAUUCCCUCGACAGCCAUGGCAGAGUGUCCCUUAGGAAACGAGGAACAGCCAGCGGCAGCAAAUUCCCCUCAUCCAGACGACGAAGUUGUACACGAGGAAAUUGCUUCUAGCUCAAGCCAGGCACCGAUCAAUUUACACCGAUGUACCAUGUUUUUGGGUCAAUAUACUUCAAACAUCAGUGUCAACUACGAAAGGUCUUCAACCACUGCCACUCCACGUGUGCCAUCGGCUGAGACACCACAUGAUUACAAACGAGAUUAUGGUCGGGCUGUGAAGGAAACGAAAUUUGAUUAUCGAGCUCUCCUCCAAGAUUCUGGUGUGUUAUCUUGUGGCGAAGGUCUUUUCAACGAAUCAGCUAUGGGAAAUACAACAAGAGUCCAAGAAUUCAUUGCCAGAGAUCCUGAAUCGGUCAUGUACCAGAACAAGCGAGGGAACACGCCACUGCAUGCAGCCGCUUUUGGUGGUCACAUGGAUACCGUCAUUACCUUGGUUUCAAAUAAAGCCCAAUUGGAAAAAAAGAACAAGGAUGGCUAUACAGCACUGGUGUCUGCAAUAUUUGGAGAUGAACCAAAUGUUGUGAAGUAUCUUUUGGAAUCCGGAAGUAAAUCAAACACCGCAAGCAAGAGAGGCUUAACGCCACUUCACGUAGCUGCUCGUGAGGGUCACGAAAGGUGUGUUAAAGAACUGUUGAGUGUGCCGACACCCAGUGAUGUCAACUGCAAGGACGGUCGUGGCUAUACACCACUGUUUAUCGCCAUCAAAAAGCACUACAUGCCGACAAUACGAUUGUUGGUGGAACAUCAAGGCAUCAAUCUCGGUCUGAAAGAUGCACGUCAGAGGAACUCCUUGCACAUCGCGGCUAUUUGUGGCAACAAUUUUGCGGUUGAGCAGAUUCUGAAAGCCAAACCCACUUUAAUCAAUGUCCAAGGAAACGACGGUUUCACCGCUCUACACUUGGCUGCUUCCAAAGGCCACUUGGACAUUACGCGGACCCUCCUUCAGCAGCAAAUUUGCUCGACGUAUCUUAAAAGUACAAAAGGACACACGGCACUGCAUCUUGCUGUUAUCGAGAAGCGUUACGAGUGCGCCAAGGCUCUGGUCGACAACGGUGCCGACGUAAACGCCCAGGACGAGGGUGGAAAUACCUGUCUCCACUUGGCUAUGAUGAAAGUUCUCACUGCCAGUGAAGCAAUGCUUGAAUCUUCAAUGAAAGACAAGGAUAAAACGGCCAAAGAGUGUGAUGACAUUCAGCAAAAAAUGUUCCAGUUGUUGGUGCAACAUCCGAGUGUCGACAUGACCCUGAAAAAUAGCAAAGAUCUCAACUGCUUGCAUUUUGCUGCAGGCUCAGGAAAUACGUUUGCGACCGAUCAGAUUCUAGAGGUCAAGCCCUCCUUAAUAAACACAACCCAAAAUGAUGGCUGUACAGCACUUCACCUUGCUGUCCUCGAGGGUCAUGCUCAUAUUGUAUCAACCCUUGUGAAGCAGAAAAAUUGCUCAAAGGACGUUAAAAAUACCAAAGGACACACGGCACUGCAUCUUGCUAUUAUCGAGAAGCAUUACGAGUGUGCUAAGGCUCUGGUAGACAACGGUGCCGACGUGAACGCCCAGGACGACAAUGGCAACACCUGUCUUCACCUGGCUAUGAUGAAAGUUCUCACAUCCAUUGAAGCAAUGCUUGAUGCUGCAUUGAAAGACAAAGAUAAAACCGCCAUACUGUGUGAUGACAUUCAACAAGAAAUGUUCCAGUUGUUGGUGCAACAUCAAAGUGUCGACAUGACCCUGAAAAACAACAAAGAUCUCAACUGCUUGCAUUUCGCUGCAGGCUCAGGAAAUACGUUUGCGACGGAUAAGAUUGUUGAGGCCAAGCCCUCCUUAAUAAACACAACCCAAAAUGAUGGCUGUACAGCACUUCACCUUGCUGUCCUCGAGGGUCACGCUCAUAUUGUAUCGACCCUUGUGAAGCAGAAAAAUUGCUCAAAGGACGUUAAAAAUACCAAAGGACACACGGCACUGCAUCUUGCUAUUAUCAAGAAGCAUUACGAGUGUGCUAAGGUUCUGGUAGACAACGGUGCCGACGUGAACGCCCAGGACGACGAGGGCAACACCUGUCUUCACCUGGUUAUGAUGAAAGUUCUCACAUCCAUUGAAGCAAUGCUUGAUGCUGCGUUGAAAGACAAAGACGAAACAGCCAAACUGUGGGAUGACUUUCAGCAAGAAGCUUUCCAGUUGUUGGUGCAACAUCCAAGUGUCGACAUGACCCUGAAGAACAACAAAGAUCUCAACUGCUUGCAUCUUGCUGCAGGCUCAGGAAAUAAAUUUGCGACCGAUAAGAUUCUAGAGUUCAAGCCCUCCUUAAUAAACACAACCCAAAAUGAUGGCUGUACAGCACUUCACCUUGCUGUCCUCGAGGGUCACGCUCAUAUUGUAUCAACCCUUGCGAAGCAGGAACACUGCCUGAAGGAUUUAAAAAAUGCCAAGGGACACACGGCGCUGCAUCUUGCUGUUAUUAAGAGGCAUUACGAGUGUGCCAAGGCUCUGGUAGACAACGGUGUCGACGUGAACUCCACUGAUGACGAUGGCAAUACCUGUCUCCACUUAGUAAUGAGGAAAGUCCUCACAUCAAUUGAAGAAAUGCUUGAUGCUACAAAUAAAGACAAGGCCAAGGCAGAAACGGCAACCGAUGCCAUUCAGCAAGGAAUAAUUAAGUUGCUGGUACUACACCCAAAUAUUGACCUGGCACUGAAAUGUAAUCAAGACUUCGGGUGUUUGCAUCUAGCGUCACGUUCAGGGAACAUUUUUGUGAUCGACAUGAUUCUGCGAGUUGCCCCAGAAAUAAUAAACAUGGUAAAAAACGACGGCUUCACACCACUGCAUCUCGCUGCCCUCAAUGGCCACAAAGACGCCGUGCAGAUCCUGGUUGAGCGGGAAGAAUGUUCAAAGGAUCUUAAAAAUGUCGACGGACAAACGGCACUGCAUCUUGCUACUUCGAAAAAGAACUACGCGUGUGUAAAGGCUCUGGUUGACAGUGGGGCAGACGUAAACGCUCAGGACAAAGAUGGUGAGACCAGUCUACACCUGGCUAUGAAAACGGAAAUGUCUGAACAAGCGGCAUCCAAAGAAGUUCCAGUUGCAAAGCUGACCGAAAAGGACGUCAAAGAAACUUCAGGAACCAACAAUACGGAAUAUGAGCAGAAAAUACUCGAGACGCUGAUACAACAAACCAACCUUCGAUUGCUAAAUAACAAAGAUUAUAACUGCUUACACUACGCAGCACUCAAAGGGAAAAGAUUUGUGGUGGAAAAGAUUUUGGAGGCGAACCCAUCCUUGAUCAAUACAACAGGAAAUGACAGUAACACGACGCUACAUAUGGCCGCAAGUAAUGGGUUUGCAGACAUAUUGACAACCCUUCUACAGAAGGAAAACUGCCAGAAGGACAUCAGAAAUGCGAGUAAGCAGACAGCACUACACCUGGCCGUUAACGAAUGUAACCUCAAGUGCAUAGAAGUUCUGUUGGAAUAUGGUGCCGAUGUGAAUGCUAAAGACAUUCACGACAGCACCAGCCUUCAUCUCGCCAUUGCAAAGAUUUCUAUGAAGAACAUUUCCGCACUAUCAAGUACCAAGGACGAUGGAGACAUGGACCAUCAAGUUUUUGCUACUAUCAAAGAAUACCAGAAAGUCAUCAAGUUGUUGGUAGAGCACCCCACAAUCGACCUGACACUGACAGAUAAGACAGGCUUCAACUGUUUACAUAGUGCAGCCAUCAAUGGGAACAGUUUUGCAGUGAAGAUUAUGUUGGCAGCAAAGCCUAGCUUGAUUGACACUACUUGCACAGCGGACAAAGGGACAGCCCUACACCUCGCUGUUCUAAAUAACCACACUGAUAUUGUGGCCACACUCUGCGAAAAGGGCCGCAAUGAAACUAUUCCAAACGUAAACGCCCAGACUCCCCUCCAUUUGGCUGCUGACAAUUGCAACACCAAAAGCGUCGAGAUUCUGCUGAACAUGGGCGCAAAUGUUAACGCCCAAGACAAGGAUGGAGACACGUGCCUGCAUCUGCUCUUGAAGAAAUCCUUGCAAGAGGCAACAAGUUCCACUGUCAAGAAACAGAAAGGCGUUCCGAAAUCAUCACUGGAGAUUCAGAAUCUCAUCCGGAUGCUUCUAAGGGAUGACAGAAUUGAUGUCACGUUGAGGGAUAACAACAGGGACAACUGCUUGCAUUUUGCAGCCUUCAGUGGGAAUGAUGAUGCCGUGAAGUUGAUUCUGAAAGCUAUGCCGUCGGUGAUCAAUGAAAGAAACGAAACGUUCACACCACUACACAUCGCAUCCCUCUACGACCACGCGGAUGUAGUACAAACCCUGGCCAAACAGGGUAACUGCAAUAAAGAUCUCCAAAACUGUAACUCGCAGACAGCACUUCAUAUUGCCAUUGAUAAAAACCAUUACCAGUGCAUCGAGGCGCUGGUAAACAACGGUGCCAACGUGAACAUCAAGGACAGUGGGGGCAACACCAGUCUUCACCUGGUGAUGAUGAAAGAAUCCACACAAGCUAUGUUAAGGUCUGCAUCCAAAGAGGAGCUUUUGGAUAUUGUCAAGAAAAAAGAAGAGGAUGGCAGUGUUCGAAACGGAAGGACAAAUCUCGUUGCCUUGAUUACCUCCCUCCUCAAACAUGGAGCCAACAUCCACCUGUUGAACAAUAAGGGGGAGAAUGUGGCCCACUUUGCCCCAAACUCCAGUGUCCAGUCAUUCUUGGAGGAAUUAUUUGAAAGGUUCACGUCAAUUCCCAAACAACCCGGGACUUAAAAGCAAGAGAGGAGGCGCAGAUGUGUAAGGAACAGGAUCUGAAACGCUUACCAGUGUUAAGAAUUUCCUAUCCAUUUUAAGAAACUUGCAACCAUUUCAACAAGAAUUAGUAGUGUUGGUAUAAAUCCUGUGUUCAACAGUCAUUUCUUCGUUCUAUAAUGAUAAAUUUAAUAAACACCAAUGAUGUUGCCACAUUACAUCUCAAGCUACGACUUGCGUGUAAUUCAGUAUGAAGCGUCAUUUACAUGAAGCCAUGUAGAGAUGGACCUUUAUCGACUCGUUUUAUUCAGAAUUAAAUAAAAAUAACAGAAACAAAGCAAAAUAGGCUACACAACUAGGAAAUGCAUAAAAUAAUAAGCUUGUUUAUAUUAAAUAUAGUUGUCACUGAAGUGAUAUUUGGGUAACUUCAGAAGUGCGUCAAGAUUGAAGCAUUUAUAUUCGUGCUUUUAUGUAUUUGUCGUAAAAGAUCCAUAGCUUCCGAUAAGUAAACGUGGAUUAUGACAAACUCAGUAUAGCUUUGAUUUAAUUUAAAUUUAUUUUACAAUGAAGUUUUGUCACACUGGAAGCAUCCUUUGCAUUACAAAGGUACACUGUGCACAUCAUUUAUAUGUAGCUAGCCUUGGAGAAAAUACUAAUAAUUAAGUUGAAAAUUGUUGUAUACAUAUCUCGCAUCAAAUCACUACAUUCAACUGCAUUUGGAUUAGCCUACGCGCUGUGCUUUCGUGAAACGUAUUGCAUGGUUUCCAGUUUUCAAAGUACGUUUCGUGCGUGCAACAUAUUUGCCUUGUAAGCUUGAUUACUCUCGACAAAGUGUACACAAAUCACGUCAACGUACUUGGGCUCAUCGGACACGAGUUGCGAAACACAUAAAGAAGGAAAUGGAGGACAGCACUCAAAUUGACGUAGGAAUGUUUUUAUGAACAUUUUUAGUUCAUUCUUUUCAGGCCCACAAGGCUUCAAAAAAUUUACUGCCCUCAAGACGGUUUCAGGUAUUUAGGUUCGAAAGAAACAAAUCCUUCACAUGGCCUUUGUGAUUGGUUCAUUGACUCAAUUAAUCUCAUGGAAUGCCCGCAUUGGUCUAAGGCUAAAGCCCGCUGGCCAAUGUUUAACAGUCCAAAUUUUAAGCAACACCAUUGAAUUAAUUUUACUGUGAGAACAGGCAUUCGGAAUCACUGGCUUACACACAGGUCUUUAAGUUUUGGCAAGUUUAUGGUUUGACAUUCCUGUUCUGAAAAAUCAUUUGUAAUGAGAGGCUAUAAGAACAUCCAAAUCAGAUAAAUGGUUAAAUAAAUUGUUUAAUUUUGAUAUGCUCAUUUGAUGCCGUGCGCAGAAUAUCCUAGUUAUUACGGUAUGGGAGACACAAGUUAUGUAGGAACCGCGGCUUCCCAAGACUGGUUUUGAAUUGGUGUUUCUCGCGGAUCGCAACGACUGGAAACCAUGGUGGAUAUGUUAAGAGCUAUGACCUUUUCACGGAUCGCUACGACCAGAAAGAGCGGUGUUUUGUGAAUCGCUAAGAUAGGAAAACAAAUGUUGGUUAUUAUUUAGAGCCAUCUGAAAAUAAAGUGCUCGGGCCCUACUUGAAAAAAGUAAAUCAAAUUGUCCGUGGCUUAACUCAUUCCUCUCUGCCGCAUUGGGUAAUAAAAAGAAAGAUAUCCACAGUCAAAUCUGCAGUACCUAACUUUGCUGACGAUUCGUCUAAAGAAUUGCAGUAUAGUACAUCGUCUUAACGUUUCAGUCAUCGUGACAGAUCCAUGAUACAUAUGACUGAAAAAUGUACUUCGGUAAAGUAUCAUUUACAUGCAGUCUUUUCUUUGUUUAUAUUUUAUGUGUAUUUUCUUUAACAAUAGUUUUUCUUUUCCUUUAGUAAUUUUAUCAGUCAAAAAUUGUAACUUGACUGUGGUUUAAAGCGUAUACUUGUCAUUUAGCUUCAUUUGAGACAUCCUUGUGUCAUUGUUAAAUAAUUAGAUUGUGUGCGGUAUAUUUCUUCUGGCUAGGGUCUCAAAACUUUUUUAACGAGAAUAAAAGAAAAAUGGCUUUCAGAAAUAGAACGUGGUAACGGAAUAUUGACGAAUUAAUACUGAUAUCUUCAUUUUUUAAACAUUUGCCGUAACAGCUACAUAGUUCUGUAUUGUUGCAAACAUAUGCAUCAUUAUAUUGUCGUUUCAUCAAAAAUUAGAAUGCUGCUCACUUGAUAAGUGUCGUGAUCAUUGCGCUUCAUAAUGUUUACUUUCGUGUUUUUUUGGGGGGGGGCGUGCAUGAUGUACAUUUAGUCGUUUGUGUAAUUUGUCCACAUGCAAUUCUUGAAUCAAAGACUACUUUUUAAAUGUUUUUACUCAUUUCUAUUAUUUUCAUAGGGACACUGAAGUUAACCGUUGCAAAAUAAAUACGUAGGAUAGGACUUCGAGUGCACACUUAUUUUGUGAACAAGCUAUUCUUCCGUGGAAUCAGAAAAACGGUUGAAAAUAAAUACAUCUACAAUACGCAAACUCUGUGAUGGACUUUUAAAUAAAAUGUUCAAUGGUAACUUAAAUUUUCACACUGAUCGUGAAGCUCAUUGCUGUGUACUGAUGUUAUUAAAAACAUCUGCUUCAAAUUCAUUCAUUCCUUUCAUAGUUUCAUUGUAGUACUUUCCUGUACGUAAAAUCUAAUCUAUUUUCCCUUGAACGGAAUAGUCUUCAAUAAGAUAGUCACAAUAAUAAUGAAUACAAAUUAUAGUUUUGAUCUGAUGUACACGUAACUAAUUACUUGUAUUGGUUAUUUUGUCGGAUGUGACACGUCAUCACAAUCGUUACAGAGUUGUGUGUUGUGAUUUUACUAAAAUAAGAGCUGAAAUAUUUGUUAAAAACUGCUUAGAGGAAAACAUACGAAACAGAAACAUCUGUGAGUAGGCUAGGUGACGGAAUUUAAAGAAAGGAACAUUAACUGGUAUCGUAAUUAUUAUUUUUGUAGUGAACGAUCUGUAGUUUUGUAGCGUUGCAAACAACUUCAUCAUUCCGUGUUUUGGUACUUUUAACAACAAGUUUUAGACAAGAUAUAUUCUAGUUUUUGCAGAGCGUCAUGCCUUCGUGUGUAUGCGGCAUUUGCUUUUAAAACGUGUUAUGUGUGCAGUGAUGAAAUUUGUACCCAAACUCCAUGUUUGGAGCUGUUUUCUUCAUUGCAUACUUCUUUCAAGUUACAAACGCCAGUUUCUGUUUUCCAGUUAAAAACACAGGGUUUUGAUCUGGUUUAAAUUGAUGAAAAUUGUAGAUCUUUUUGCAUCACAAAUAUUAUUUGUUUUUAUUAUGGAGUAAGGUGUUCUGCAUUUUCUUAAGACUGAUUUAACUUUAAAGAAUGCAAAAUUCGCAGUGACGUUACUUUGAGCAUGAUGAUGUACAUAUUGGUACAUUAAGUUCAUAAUCAUAGCUUAAGGGUAAUAUUUAGGAGAGUACUGGUGAAUCUUGGCGGGUUGGGGAUAAUUAAUGAAGAUUUUUCGACUGAUUCAGAAAAAAGCUCCAAAUUAGCCAUUUAAAAAUAUGAAUUUUCGAGACCAAAAGGACUCCCUUUUGUGAGGAGAGAGCUUUGCUGAAGACAUCUAUGUUGUUUACUGAAAAGAGAAAGAAAUUGAUGCAUUUGACACCUGCACUAUACUCCAAAUUUGGUGGUGGGAAUUUAAGGAUUGUAAAAUUAUUAUAGUGAGUGUGUCAUGGUUUUGAAGUGCUAAAACAUAUACUUCGCAUAAAUUCAUUCCACUUCAUCUAAAACUCAAGUUUAUCUGAAUGUGUACAAAGUUCAGAUAGCUUAGACAAACUUAAUACGAUAGUUGAGGUUUUAGUCAAAUUGCUAGUUUUCUCAGGAUUGAGGUAAAAAA